UGGUGUGCGAUCCUGGGCAUCUCCCACACGAAGGCGUGAGAAGGAGGAGGGAAAGGAGACGGCAGGAGAGAGAAUUUCAUUUCCAAAGAUCAAAACAAAAGGAGGAGCAGGCAAAAUGGGGAAACAAAAUAGUAAGCUGGCCCCUGAGGUGAUGGAGGAUCUGGUGAAGAGCACGGAGUUCAAUGAACACGAGCUAAAACAGUGGUACAAAGGAUUUCUAAAGGACUGUCCAAGUGGUAGACUGAACCUUGAGGAGUUUCAGCAGCUCUACGUAAAAUUCUUUCCAUAUGGAGAUGCUUCUAAGUUUGCCCAGCAUGCCUUCCGAACCUUUGAUAAAAACGGAGAUGGGACUAUCGACUUCAGAGAGUUCAUUUGUGCCCUGUCCAUCACCUCACGAGGCAGUUUUGAGCAAAAGCUGAACUGGGCCUUCAACAUGUACGACUUGGAUGGUGAUGGUAAAAUUACAAGAGUGGAAAUGCUGGAAAUUAUAGAGGCCAUCUACAAAAUGGUGGGCACUGUGAUAAUGAUGAAAAUGAAUGAGGAUGGUCUGACGCCUGAGCAGCGGGUAGACAAGAUCUUCAGUAAGAUGGAUAAGAACAAAGACGAUCAGAUCACACUGGAUGAGUUCAAAGAAGCUGCAAAGAGUGAUCCGUCCAUUGUAUUACUCCUGCAGUGUGACAUUCAAAAAUGAGCUGAUGUACGACGCGUCAUAGACUGCACAGAAGUUUAAUGUUCCAUUCAGUUUGCAGCUAUUUCCACACACACAAAAAUUUGCUUGGACUACCUAUAAAUGGACUUGCUUCUUGUGUUUGAAACACUUGUGUGCAUGAGAAUGUCAUUUGCUAAAGAAUUUUAAAAGUAUAUAUUAUAAAAAUAAACUGCCACAACGUGAUGUGUGCAAUGUCAUUUCAUAACAAUCCUCUUCCUCUGAAGCCUGUGCAGCAGGCCUGUGCUGCAGUGAAUUAUAUUAUUUAUUGUUCAUGUUUUACUGAUGCUAGCUCUGUGUCUCCUAGACUGAGUAAUGUUAGUGACACUGAAUUCCCAUGGUAAUGUUAACUGUUUAUUAUAAAUCAUGUCACCAUUCUGCUGUAAAGUAGUACUGGACAGACAGAAGUGAAGAGCUCCUCAGCUCCCGAGUCUGAUCCACACGUGCUUGUAUUGUCAGUGGAUAUAAAUGUACUUCAUUUGCAUGCCUUUUAGGUUUGCCUUAAUUCUUACCUCAUUUGCAUCCCUUCAAUCUGGAAAGAGCUAUGUCAGAGGAAUGCAGUAUAUUAAAAAAAAGAAAAUCCUGAUAAAAUUAACCCUUUAAUUAAGAAUAUAUAUAAAUAUAUAUAUAUAUAAUGUUUAAAAUAUUGUUUUAUUGCAAGUUUAAAGGUUUUAUUGGAAGUGUAUUGAUCUUUGCCAGAAUUUUCAAAAGCUUCCACAGAGGUUGCAAUAUAUAUGUCACAAAAUAAAUUUAUAACAUUUGACCUUU